CUUCAAGCGGUGGGACCAUGCUGGAGGAUGAGGAUGGGAUGAGCGAGAGGGGGCUCAGCAGCUCGAGGAGGAGAUACGACGAUGAGGAAGAUUACCACUCCAUCUACAUCGGGGUGCCGGUGCCCCGGGGCUACCGGAGGAAACGGCGUCGGCGAAGAUCUGCCUCCAGCCGGGACAGGACGAGCGAGAGCGAGCGGCACUACGAGCGCCAGGAUCGCUCCGACACCGACGACGGUGGCCACGGCUGCUACGAGAGCGGCAACGACAACGCCAGCAGGACCAUGUCACCGGCUGCCGAACGCCUCCGCUACAUCCUGGGGGAAGAGGAUGAGCCUCCCAACCCCACGCUCUUCACAGAGAUGGACACGCUGCAGCACGACGGUGAAGAGAUGGAGUGGAAAGAGUCGGCCAGGUGGAUAAAGUUUGAAGAAAAGGUGGAGGAAGGUGGGGAGAGGUGGAGCAAGCCCCACGUAUCCACGUUGUCUUUGCACAGCCUGUUUGAGCUGCGGACGUGUCUACAGACGGGAACAGUGCUCCUGGACUUAGAUGGCUACUCUUUGCCCCAAAUUAUAGACGAUGUCAUUGAGAAACAGAUCGAGGACGGUUUGCUCAAGCCAGAGCUGCGGGAGAAGAUAAGCUACGUGCUCCUCAGGAAGCACCGUCACCAAACCAAGAAGCCAAUCCACCGCUCCUUGGCUGAUAUCGGAAAGUCCGUCUCCUCCAACACAACCCGCAGCCCCGUCCGGAGCCCGGCCGCCGGCGCCGCCUUCCACCGCUCCACCGAGGACCUGCGGAUGCGUCAGAGCGCCAGCUACGGCCGCCUACGUCACGCGCAGAGUCGAAGCAUGAACGACAUCUCGGACACGCCGAGCACCGACCAGUUGAAGAACAAGUUCAUCAAGAAGAUCCCCAAGGACGCGGAGGCCUCCAAUGUGCUGGUGGGAGAAGUGGAGUUCCUGGAGAAGCCUUUCGUGGCUUUCGUGCGGCUCCUCCAGGCAACGAUGCUGGGAGGGGUGACGGAGGUGCCCGUCCCCACCAGGUUCCUCUUUAUUCUCCUUGGUCCCGCGGGAAAAGCCAAGUCCUACAAUGAGAUCGGCAGAGCCAUUGCGACCCUCAUGGUGGAUGAUCUCUUCAGCGAUGUUGCCUACAAAGCCCGGGACAGAGAAGACCUGAUUGCCGGCAUAGAUGAGUUUCUGGAUGAAGUCAUCGUCCUGCCACCGGGCGAGUGGGACCCCAACAUUAGAAUUGAGCCACCCAAAAAAGUGCCCUCGGCUGAGAAGAGGAAAUCCGUUUUCUCGCUGAACGAAGUGGGGCAGAUGAACGGCACGGCUGGUGGGGCAGGCGCUGGGGGCGGUGGAGGAGGCAGCGACGACGGGGAGAUGCCCGAAGUUCAUGAAAUUGGGGAAGAGCUCACGUGGACCGGCAGGUUUUGUGGUGGCCUCUAUUUGGAUAUCAAGAGGAAGCUGCCCUGGUUCCCGAGCGACUUCUAUGAAGGCUUUCAUAUCCAGUCCAUCUCUGCCAUCCUGUUCAUCUACCUGGGCUGCAUCACCAAUGCCAUCACGUUCGGGGGCUUGCUUGGGGACGCUACAGACAACUACCAGGGCGUCAUGGAGAGCUUCCUUGGCACAGCGAUGGCAGGCUCCAUGUUCUGCCUCUUCGCCGGGCAGCCGCUCAUCAUCCUCAGCAGCACCGGCCCCAUCCUCAUCUUCGAGAAGCUGCUCUACGACUUCAGCAAAGGCAACGGCAUCGACUACAUGGAGUUUCGCCUCUGGAUCGGCUUGCACUCUGCCGUACAGUGCCUUAUCCUGGUGGCCACCGACGCCAGCUUCAUUAUAAAGUACAUCACCCGGUUCACGGAGGAAGGCUUCUCCACCCUCAUCAGCUUCAUCUUCAUCUACGAUGCCAUUAAGAAGAUGAUCGGAGCUUUUAAGUACUACCCCAUCAAUACGGACUUCAAGCCGGACUACGUGACCAUGUACAAGUGCGAGUGCAUCGCUCCCGACCCAGCCAACGCGACCUUAUUCGAUGCUUCAGCUCCAGUGGCACCAAACACCACUAACGUUUCUCUGUACAAUGCUAUUAACCUAACAGCUCUGGACUGGACCCAGCUGAGUAAGAAGGAGUGUCUCAAAUACGGCGGCAGCUUAGUGGGGAAGUCCUGUAAAUUCGUGCCCGACCUGGCCCUUAUGUCCUUCAUCCUCUUCUUCGGGACGUACUCCAUGACCUUGACCCUGAAAAAAUUCAAGUUCAGUCGCUAUUUCCCCACCAAGGUCAGGGCUUUCAUUGCUGAUUUUUCCAAUGUCUUCUCCAUCCUCCUCUUCUGCGGAGUGGAUGCCUGUUUCGGACUGGACACCCCUAAGCUCCAUAUCCCCAGUAUCAUCAAGCCCACCCGGGUGGACCGAGGGUGGUUCGUGUUUCCCUUUGGGAAGAACCCGUGGUGGGUUUACCUGGCGAGCGCCCUGCCCGCCCUCCUUGUCACCAUCCUCAUCUUCAUGGACCAGCAGAUCACAGCCGUCAUCGUCAACAGGAAGGAGCACAAGCUGCGGAAAGCAGCGGGCUACCACCUGGACCUGUUCUGGGUGGGCAUCCUCAUGGCCGUCUGCUCCUUCAUGGGGCUGCCCUGGUACGUGGCGGCCACCGUCAUCUCCAUCGCCCACAUCGACAGCUUGAAGAUGGAGACAGAGACCAGCGCCCCGGGCGAGCAGCCCCAGUUCCUGGGCGUCAGGGAGCAAAGAGUGACGGGCAUCAUCGUCUUUGUGCUGACAGGGAUUUCCGUCUUCCUGGCCCCUAUCCUGAAGUACAUCCCGAUGCCGGUGCUGUACGGAGUCUUUCUGUACAUGGGCGUCGCGUCGCUGAACGGCAUCCAGUUCUGGGACCGCUGCAAGCUCUUCCUCAUGCCGGCCAAGCACCAACCCGACUACGUCUUCCUCCGGCACGUGCCGCUGCGCCGCAUCCACCUCUUCACACUGGUGCAGAUCGUCUGCCUGGCCGUCCUCUGGAUCCUCAAAUCCACCGUGGCUGCCAUCAUCUUCCCCGUCAUGAUUUUAGCCCUGAUCCUGGUGAGGCGGCUGCUGGAUUUUGUCUUCUCCCAACACGACCUGGCCUGGAUUGACAACAUCAUCCCCGAGAAAGAGAAGAAGAAGGAGGAUGACAAGAAGAAGAAGAAGAAAGGCAACAAAGGAGAUAGCAGCAGCGAUGAGGAGGAAAGAGGUCCUCCACCUGGAGCUUUGCGUCCUGAUUCCUCCCCGAACGGUUCAGACCUGGAUCGCAGUAUUACGCUUCACCUGAAGAUUUCGUGCCCGUCAUCUCCCGCAUUUAACUACUCCCGGAACCCCAUCUGCGCCGUGCCCCAGGUGAAGAUAGAGAUGGAGUCAGACUAUGAGGACACCGACACCGAAAAACCACCUCGGGACAUGGGCAGUGAGACCACGCUAUAGUCCCGCGCAGCACUUCCUCUGUGAUUUAUAUAUAUAUAUAGAUAUUUAUAUAUUCAUAUAUAUAUAUAAAGCAAAUUGGGCUUAUUUUUCUAUGUGAGACAGAGGAGACUGGUGGCCCCAGGGGUCCGUUGCUCCAGUAGUUUUUAGCGUCACGAGUUAAAACACGUUGUUGAAUUUUCUCCCUUUCUGCGAAGGCGUUGCCGCUGACGGCAAAACGGGGCUGAAAAGGUGGAAUUGGUGAUUUUGGCCUUCACUCACCCUGGGGCCGCUGCUGGGCUGGAGAAGUUGAAGGCGGCCGGGGCUGUGGGAGCAGCCGGGAUGCUGAUGGGGAAGGGGACUGCGCUGGGGUGAUGUUUUUGGGGUGGGGAGGAGGUUGGCAUAGCUGAGAAGGAAGGAGGGAGCGCACGUCCCUGCUCCCCGAUCCCUGAAAUCACAACGCAGCUCUCGGGGGGGGUCUUGUUUCAUGAAGGGGCUGGUGCGUCUGGCUUUGUGUUGGCAGGAGGACGCCAGUCCAAGCUACGGCAGCGGGGGUCCCUUCUUGCGGUGCAGCAUCCCCGGUGCGGCAGCGGGGACGCGGGAGGGACCCGGCUCUCCUCGCUCUGCGGUCGCUGUGUAGGAGGGGACGAGGAGGCAUGGCGGGGUUGUAAAGGAGCCGGUGGCCUGGAGCGACGCCCCAGGAAGGGAAGGAGGAGCAGCAGCUCUGGUUUAAGGGCAAGAGCAGCCAGGCUGUGGCGGGAGAGCAGAGCAGGACCUGGAGCCUUGGCUUCCGCAGGGAACUGGGAAUGGUUUCCGCAGGCAGCGGGGCACGGAUACUACCAGGAAAGGGGAAGGGUCACUGCAGCAAAGCCCUUUGGUUGCCUCUCGCCGUGUCCUCACCUGCAGCUCUCCCAGGGCCAGCCCUGGCCGGGGGGUUGGCAACAGCCCUAUCUCUCCCUCCGGGUGGGAGCGAGACUGGUCCGAGCCGUUAUCUCGCUGGAGGAGCCUGCUCUGCCUGCCCAGCCCCUGUGCAGGGUCUUCGCGCCCGCCUUAGCUCCUCGACCCUGGUUAUUCACGCAUGGUUUAAUAGCGAGUGGCUCGGAACGGGGAAGGGAGAGCGUGUCCCCCGCCACGUGCCCACCCGUGCUUUCAGGCUCGCAUCCCGCAGCUCCCCGCUUGGUCGGCGUUGGCAUUUUGGCUCCGCAAAGGGCUCUUCCCACCCGCCGCUGCCUUUGGGUCCUCCGGGGAAGGAAGGGAAGGGAGCAGGUUAGGAGCCAGCAUGGGCACUGAGCUCGGUUUGGCUCUGCUCAGCUCUCACCACCUUUGUUGCCCAGCAGCGCCGGGGCAGGGAGGAGGGUUUUAAAGGUUUGGGUUUUUUUUCCUUCCCUGGGUUAAGCCCAGCUGCGGUUCGGAAACACUGGUCUGAAGCAACCCUCUCAAAUCUGUUUCUUUUACUAAUUUUUUUUUGCUAGAUGGAUUUUUUGGUUUGGUUUUGCUCUUUUUCAAGCCUCACAGAGCCCCAACCCUUCCUCUGAGCAGAAACAGCCUACCUGAUGUUUAUAUGAGCUUGUACGGGGGUUUCUGGAUCACCAGUUAAAUAUUGCGACUGGUCUGAGCCUUUGCGUGGGACGGAUCCCAGUUCUCUGUAAAUAGUCGAGUCCAACAGAAAGACUUGGAUGCAGUUUCCUAUUUAUAGCAAUUUUUUUCUGGUUCAGGUACACCUUCUGGGGAAACGUGGUGAGACGAAUAACACAGCAUUACUCCCGGCACCACCUAAGCGCUCGAGAGCCGCGUAGCUUGACAUUUAAGAACUAUUUCAACUUGAACGCGUUGUGUCUUGUUUUGUAGCGGUUUUGUACCAAUCUCCUGUGUGGUAGCUGAAGCGUGGUACAGGUAGGCGUAUGGUUUUAAUACAACAGGUUAAUUUGCUUUACCCAGUAUGUCAGCUCUACUACCCAACACGCCUGGAAAGGCUUUGUGGACUCUGGUAGACGUUUUGUUGAGCAGAGCUGAAGCCACUCUAGCAUCCAGCCUGUUUUGACCAAAUUUGUCAAUUUUGUGAGGUUCACACACGGUUUAUACUUUUUGUAUAUGAAACCAGCGGAGCGUCCCAGGUUUGCCACCUCCAUUACCGUACCACUUUAGCCAUUUUGUAUUUAUCGGUGAUACAACCCAAUAAACCUUGUUUCAAUGAGUCUCAGCUCUUAGUGUGUUUCUGGUGCAGAGUCCCUGAGCCUCAGCUUUCCCUCCCCCUUCUUUAGUGUUUUUAUAAGCACUCUCCCUCCAGCAGAGAGCACCAUGACCGAGGGGUUAGUGCUGACUCACCAGGUGCCGCCAGCAACAGCCCUUCAGCGUCACAACAAACCUUUCCUGCUCCCAGAAAGGUGGGAUCAGUCUUUCCAAGGAAUACGCAAGGAGGAAGGAGGCCAAGGCUGACCUUGCUGCCCACAAACACCACUGCCUGUAAGUUUUCCCAUCCUGCCCAAGGCACCGCAGCCUCAGGUAAGGCUAAUUAGAGCUUGCAAACUCAUUAGAGGACUGAGUUUAUACUGUCAUGUCGAUGUAGUUAGGGACGAUAGGCAGGAAGCUUAAAAGGUUUUGUUUAGGCACAGAAGUAAGAGACCAUCUUCAGUCUAAGCUGAGUUGGGGAGGUGUGUAGCAAUUGCAUCUUAACUAAACUCAGGUAAAAAACCAGGCCUAACACUGCUCUGUAGGGACAAGAGGGAGCUCUCAUAAUGCAUGCUUUAACAAGCUAUUGCUGAGGGCAGCCCUCCUUUUCUGGGAAAAGUGAAAAACUUGCUUAGUAGCAAUUCCAGGACAAGCAGAGUUGUUGAUUUUUUUUCCUCAUACUUUAUUUAGAGUGAGCCUGUGUUAUUCACUAAAUACUCGCACGCUUUACAAUACAGUCCAGAAAGCCUCCUGUGUGCCUAAGAUAGCCACCAACAGCCCCCCAAGUGUUCUUUGGUUAGAAAAAAAGGCUUUUAAAAAAAAAACAAA